AUGAAGCCUGAAAAUGGUGCUUUAGAAGUUGGAGAUGUUGAUGAAGAGAAAUGGGUUUAUGAUUCUUCUGUGGAUCAUAAAGGAAGAGUUCCUUUUCGAGCUUCAACUGGUGUUUGGAAAGCCUCCCUCUUCAUUAUCGCGAUCGAGUUCAGUGAGAGGCUGAGUUAUUUUGGGAUUUCAACAAGCCUAAUAAUUUACUUGACCAAAGUGAUCCAUCAAGACCUGCUGACUGCGGCGAGGAAUGUGAACUACUGGGCUGGUGUGACAACUCUUAUGCCAUUGGUUGGAGGAUUUGUAGCCGAUGCUUAUUUGGGCCGAUUCUCAACCGUCCUUGUUUCAUCCGUUAUUUACCUCUCGGGUUUGCUCCUGUUAACAUUGUCCUGGUAUGUGCCAAGCUUAAAGGCUUGUGAUGCAGAAGUGUGCCUUGAGCCUAAAAAGAUUCAUGUCGUGAUCUUUUUUAUUGCAAUAUACUUGGUCUCUGUGGGAACUGGAGGGCACAAACCCUCUUUGGAGAGCUUUGGAGCUGAUCAGUUUGAUGAGGAUCACACCGAAGAAAGAAAGAAGAAAAUGUCCUUUUUCAAUUGGUGGAAUUUUGGCCUCUGUGCUGGAAAUUUGCUUGGGGUCACUGUUGUUAUAUAUUUGCAAGACCAUGUGAACUGGGGUGUAUCAUAUAUUAUCAUUACAGCAGUUAUGGCUAUCUCGCUACUUAUAUUCAUCAUCGGAAGGCCAUUUUAUCGCUAUAGGAUGCCAACGGGAAGCGUCUUGACACCAUUGUUGCAGGUUCUUGUAGCCGCUGUUGCCAAAAGAAAUUUGGCUCAUCCUUCCAAUCCUGGUCACCUCUAUGAGGUUCCCAAAGCACAAAAGGCUAAGGGAAGGCUUUUGUGCCACACUGACAAGCUCAAGUUUCUUGACAAAGCUGCUAUUAUUGAAUAUAAAACUUCAGUUAAGACGCAAAGUCCCUGGAAACUAGCAACAGUUACCAAAGUUGAGGAAUUGAAGCUUAUACUUAAUAUGAUCCCCAUAUGGCUAGCUACCUUACCAUUUGGAAUUAGUAUUGCACAAGCUUCCACAUUCUUCAUCAAACAAGGUGCCACUUUGAACCGAAAGAUCGGUGAUGGAUUCAUGAUCCCCUCAGCCUCAAUAUUUGCUCUUGCUGCCAUUGGAAUGAUAAUCUCUGUCACUGUUUAUGACAAAAUCCUGGUUCCCAUAUUAAGAAGGGCAACAGGAAACGAACGAGGCAUAACAAUCCUCCAGAGAAUCGGAAUUGGUAUACUUUUCACAAUUACUACAAUGGUAGUUGCGGCCUUGGUUGAGAGAAAAAGACUUGCUGCUGUAAAAAGGGAUCCAAAAUUUGGUUCAAUGUCCAUGAGUUUGUUUUGGUUGGCCCCCCAGUUUGUUAUCAUUGGUGUUGGUGAUGGGUUCACUUUGGUAGGUCUUCAAGAGUAUUUCUAUGACCAAGUUCCGGAUUCCAUGAGAAGUUUAGGCAUUGCCUUCUUUCUGAGUGCCAUGGGAGCUGGAAGCUUCCUUAGUAGUCUUCUAGUAACACUUGUUGACCAGAUUACAGAGAAAACUGGGAAAAGUUGGUUUGGUAAAGAUUUAAACAGCAGCCGCAUAGACAAUUUCUACUGGCUAUUAGCAGGAAUGAACACAGUGAACUUGCUCUUCUACGUGUUCUUGGCUAAAAGAUAUUCUUACAAAAAAGUUCAGAGGAUUAGGGCUGAGGCUGGUUGCUAUGAAGGUGAGGGGUCUGUGGCAGUGGUUUAAUGGUUUAAGUAAUCUAGUAUUCAAUUCAAGUAGAAUUUAAGGUUGUAGACACAAAUAAUGCUUCAUCUAGCGCUUGCCAUUGUAAGUUACCUACUUAAAUAAAAUUAUCAGAAUAAAUCUAUCAA